AAAGGUAUAGAACACGAUAAUUAUUUAUUUGCUGCUUUAAUUUAUCUGCGUGGAAUACUUGAUGAUUCGGAAGGUGCCAGAAAAACAUAUGACAAAAUGAAAGAAGCUGGAAUUAUUCCUAACACAGUGUCAUUCAAUCAGCUUAUAUAUUCUCACGCUCGUGACCGAAAAGUAAGUGCUUCACAGAUCGAAGCUUUGUAUCUUGAAAUGUUAGCAGAAAAAUUGGAGCCAAACCAUUAUACGUUUGAGCUACUUAUCGAUGCAAUAUCCAAAAGACAUGCAUUUGCGAAUAUAUGUGAAGCUUUCAAUGAAAUGUCCAAAAGAAACAUUCCCAUAACAGAUGUAGCUUACAACUCUCCGAUCCCUAUUAAAGCUUUCAAAGAUCUCUUAGCACGUGGACUCACACCCAAUGUUCAUGUUUAUUCAGCUUUGAUCACUGCGUUGGUAAAAUCAGGAAAUAUGGAUAAAGCGAUUGAAAUGUUCGAUCACAUGAUUAACCAUGGUGUAUCUCCUAAUCAUGUGACUUUUACAUCAUUAAUUCAAGGGUUUGCGAUUAAGAGGAAUUAUGAAAAAGGUAAAGAAAUGUAUGAAAUGAUGAAAAAAUCAAAUAUUAUUCCAGAUCGAUUCACAUUUUAUCACCUGGAGAAAUUGUACAAACAAACUAGACACAUUGAGGAGAUUAAAAAACUUCACGAAGAUAUUAAAAGAUACGGUAUAAAUCCUCAAUCUCGUGAGCGCAUCUUGAUAAAAGGAAAAGGUUCAUAUUAUUGGAGAUCAAGGAUCUUGAUCAGACGAAGGAUUGAACGACAAAAAGCAAACAUUAAUCCCGAAGAGCAAUACGCUAUUAAAAAGCGACAGCGUAAAAUAUGGAAGAGACGUAAUCUAAUACGAGAAGCAGCAUUGCAAAGAUUAUAUUCCAAACUUCAAACACAUGAAAGUUUAGAACCAUAUCAAACAUGGAAAAAAAGAUAUAUUCAAGAAAAUUAUGAAGAUUUGCAACGAUAUAAAAAAUCUGGAACGUUUCCAUUUUAA